AUGGCUACAAAUCAGGAAGAGGUGAAACUUUUGGGAGCUCUUGGAAGCCCAUUUGUGUGCAGAGUAAAUCUUGCUCUAAACCUGAAGGGAAUUGAAUACGAAUUUGUUAAAGAAGACUUGCAGAACAAGAGUGAGCUUCUUCUCAAAUAUAACCCAGUUUACAAAAAGGUUCCAGUUUUUGUUCAUAAUCAGAAGCCUAUUUCGGAGUCUCUGGUGAUUCUUGAAUACAUUGAUGAAACAUGGAAGCAGAAUCCAAUCUUGCCUUCUGAUCCUUACAAAAGAGCCUCGGCUCGUUUCUGGUCAAAGUUCAUAGAUGACAAGAUUGUGUCUCCUUCAUUCAAAUCUGCUUUCACAGUUGAUGAGAAAGAGCGUGAGAAGAAUAUUGCAGAAUCAUCUGAGGCUCUUCUGAUCCUUGAGAAUCAGUUGAAGGACAAGUUCUUUGGAGGUGAAGAGAUUGACUUUGUUGAUAUUGCUGCUGUGUUCAUAGCUUUUUGGAUCCCUUUGGUUCAAGAUGUAUCAGGGUUGCAAUUUUUCACUGCAGAAAAGUUUCCAAAGCUUUACAAGUGGAGCCAAGAAUUUCUUAACCAUCCAGCUGUGAAGAAAAGUCUGCCUCCUAGAGAACCUCUUUUUGCCUUAUUCAAAGGUCGCUACGAGAGCCUUUUUAAUGCUUCAAAAUAA